CCUAAAAGGUUGUUUGCAAACACAGCGGCGGCCCGACGAGCUCCGCGAUGGGCCGACACGAAGACGAAGACGACGACCACGCGGCGGAAGAGGAGCAGGGAGAGGAGCGGCCCGCCUCUACUGUCUCCACAGAGAGCCUCCUGGCCGCCUCGGUCGACGUCGAGGAGGAGGGAGCCCACGGAGGCACGCAGUCUUCCCACCGACUGCUGGCCUACAGCGACGCGCUGCUCUCCAUCAUCGCCACCGUCAUGAUUCUUCCCGUGGCCCACACCAAGAUGGAGGAUGAGAAGGAGCUGGACGAGAACCUUCAGCUUCUGCUGGGCACCAAGAUGGCCGUAUACCUGAUGACUUUCCUCAUAGUCACUGUGGCCUGGGCGGCGCACAUCAGGUUAUUUCAGGUGAUCGUUCGGAUCGACGACACUCUGGCCUUGCUUAACCUCGCAUGCAUGAUGCUGAUCACCCUGCUGCCGUACACGUUUUCGCUGAUGGCGACCUUUCCUUCGCACAUCCUGGGAAUUCUUCUAUUCUGCGGCUGUGUGAUGGUCAUCGGCGUCAUUCAGUCGGUGAUCGUGUUGUAUGCCUUCGGCCGUCCGUUCCUGCUCCAGGAUCAGAUCAGAGCGAGUGAGGAUCACUCGGUGUACAAACGUCACAUCCUCAAAGUCCUCCUCAGGGUUCCUCUCAUGUGUCUCUUGGCUGGACUUUGCUCAUUCUUCUGCUACCAGUUGUCGUACGUGUUGCUGGCUCUGGUCAUCUUCCUUCCAUACAUCUCGCGGGGUGUCCUGUGGUGUCGGGACAAACUCCUCGGUCCUGUGGAGGAGGAUCCGGAGCAGGUGAUGUUGUACAGCUUCCUGCCCAGUGAGCCGCUCAGUAAGGAGCGUGUGGAGGCCUUCAGUGAUGGCGUCUACGCCAUCGUGGCCACGCUCCUCAUCCUGGAUAUUUGUGAGGACAACGUCCCCGAGCCGGCGUCGCUGCAGCAGCGCUUCAACAACAGCCUGGUGGCGGCGCUGGGCUCGUACGGGCCCGAGUACCUAGCUUACCUGGGCUCCUUCGCCACCGUGGGCCUGCUGUGGUUCGCGCACCACUCGCUCUUCCUGCAGGUGUCUCGGGCCACACGCGUGAUGGGCCUUCUGAACACGCUGUCUCUGGCAUUCGUCGGCGGCCUGCCGCUGGCCUUCCGGUUGACUCACGAGCUCCCUCGCGCCGCGCUCCGUGAUGAGCGGCGCGCCGUGCAGGCCAGCUGCGUCCUGGUCUUUGGCGCCGGCGUGUUCCAGCUGGCCACCUGGGUGGCGGCGCUGCAGGGCGGCGGGCGGCAGACGCUGCGGCCGGCCGUGCGCUAUGGCGGCCCCGAGCACAUCUUCAUGCUGGCCAAGCUGGCACUGUACCCGGCAGUGGCCCUUGCCGCCUUCCUGCUCACGUGCGUGUUGAGCCGCUUCAGUGUCACCAUCUUCCACCUCAUGGAGAUCGCCACACCGCUCGCCUUCCUGCUGCUCAGGUUGAUGGUGCGAGUCGCCCUCGCCCUGCUCAGACGCCUGUUUUGUCCUCAAAGGAGACAACCGGAAAAUGGCGAGGAAAACAUCACCUCGAGGGUGCAGUUUAACCCAUUGAUAAUCUAGUUGUUUGAGUACUGUAAUUUCUCGUGUAAUUUUUUCCCCCCCAAAAUUGUCAAAAGUCAGUAGUGCGCUUCUACAUAGGUAUAGGGGAAAAUGAAAAAAACUUGCACAUUUUAUAAAUGUAUGCCGCCAACUAGAGGUUAUGAAAAAGCUGCACACUUUCAUUCCAAUAUGCCACCACCACCUAGAGGUUAUGAGAAAGGUGUAGUCUACACUUUCAUCACAAUAUGACAUGGGUACGUAUGACUGCAUAUAUGUAGAGUUGUGCUCAUAAGUUUACAUACCCUGGCAGAAUGUUAAUUAUUAUUAUUUUUUAAUAAGACUAAACAACAACCACCAUUAAUUUAUUUAUGGUUAUGUUUUGUUUAAUGAUAAUGCUUUUCUGAAAUGCCUCUUUAAUUUGAAUCCCAUUAAUCUGGCCCCUUGAUGUUUUCUUUAAAGAAUUGUACCCAUCUUCCAAAUUCUGCCUGGAUAAUCAAACAUGAGCACAACUGUGUGUUAUCUCAUUGACUAAAUAAAAGUAGUAUUUCAAAAUAAGAGCAAGUAAAUUAAUAAGUAUUACGUGUUCAAAUAUAGUGCUCAACUUCAGAAUAUUUUUUUUGAAAAAAACAACAAAAUACAGAUAAUACUUCAUGUUUUGAUCAUAGGGGAAGAAGCAAAGUCUUGCAUUGUAAAAAUGCAUUAUACAUAGGUUGAAGGGUUUUCCAGAAUUUUUAGGUCAACUUUGACCCCCAAAGUGGGUACGCUUCAUACACGAGAAAUUACGGUAGUAUGACGCGCUAUGCAUGCCUAAUGAAUUUAAAACAAUGCGCUUUGUAACAUUUUGGUGCUGCUAAUUGUUGUUUUAACGUUAAGCGGUAUCUACGUUAAAACAUUUAAAUGUUGUCCAUUUUCAUCACUCCAAGAAAAGUCUUGACAAUGGUGAAUGGACAAAUAAGGCCUAAAACGCUAAAAAGGAAAUUUGAGGUGGGAGAUUUGUUUUUCAUUAAAUACGUAAAAUAUUAGAAACAACUGACUGACGCGCUAGUUAACUUGGGCAUGCUAGCUAAAUUGAAAACAUCAGUCGCUGUAAAAUUCGUAACGUUGGGAAAUGAAGAUAAAAGUAAAAAAAUAAUAAUUCUGACAUUAACAAAAAAAAAAAAGGCAGAGAAAUCAGUUUUUAAACAUUUGCUCAAGCAAACACGACACAGUGCGCCAGUAACUGUUUUAACGCUACACAGUGCCUAUGUUAAAAACAUUUUAGCAAAUCAGGUCAAAGAAAAUCUGUUUCGAAAAAGUCAUGACAACGAUGAAUGGCGGGAAAAGAUGUAAAACACUCAAAUCCCAAAAAACACGCAUAAAAAGAUCUGUUUUUAAAAAUGGUUACACAUACAUGACUUGACAAGCUUGUUUACAUGGCCGUGCUAAUAAUUUAAGAGACGUUAAAAAACGUUUUAAUGAUGUCCAUUUAGCAGAUUCAUAAGCCAGAAGAAAGUCACUUCAGGAAAACUUGAAGAUAAUGAAAUGAUGUAGAAGGCUUAAAACACUAAAAAUGUAUUUGUGAUGGAAGUAUAUUGUCCCCCCAUAAAAUUAAAUCCAAAAAAUGCUGAGAAAAAAAAAUCUGUCUUAAAAUACAUAUUUGAACACAACUAAUUGACAGACAUUCACAAAAAAAGCAUGGAGGAAUCAGUUUUUAAACAUAGCGGCUGAAGUAAGUAUUCAACAUGUCAGUAUUUUUCUCACUAAAUAUAUUUCCAAAGGUGCUAUUGACACCAUAUGUUGGGAACAACCCAAGUAAUCAAUGCAUACAAAGAAAGUAGAACAAAUAAGAUAAGAAAUUAAAUUUUGUGUAAUAAUGUGAAAUAAGGCGACACGGUGACCGACUGGUUAGACCGUCUGCCUCACAGUUCUGAGGACCGGGGUUCAAAUCCCGGCCUGUGUGGAGUUUGCAUGUUCUCCCCGUGGCUGCGUGGGUUUUCUCCGGGUACUACGAUUUCCUCCCACGUCCAAAACCAUGCAUGAUGGGUUAAUUGAAAACUCUAAAUUGUCCAAAGGUGUGAAUGUGAGUGCGAAUGGUUGUUCGUUUCUAUGUGCCCUGCAAUUGGCUGGCGACCAAUUAGCUACCUGGGAUAGGCUGCAGCAUGCCCGCGACCCUAGUGUGGAUAAGCGGUACAGAAAUGUGAAAUAAAACCGGGAAAACGUAUUGAACACGCCAACUGGUAUUUAUUUAAAAUACUUUGAACAAAAGGCUUUGUUUGCUAUGACAGACUCAAGAGGCCUCCUGUAUGGAGAAACUAGUUGCAUGCAUUGCUCUGGUGUGAUUUCGGCCCAUUCCUCCACACAAGCAGUCUUCAAAUCGAAGGUUCCGUGGGCUUCUUUUAUGGACCUUGAGUUUCAGUUCUUUGCCUAGAUUUUUGAUUGGAUUCAAGCCAGUUGAUUGGCUGGGCCAUUCUAGCGGUUUUAUUUAUUUUUUCUUUGAAACCAAUUGAGAGUUUCCUUGGCAGUAUGUUUUGGAUCAUUAUCCUGCUGAAUUGUCCACCCUCGUUUCAUUUUCAUCAUCCUCGUAGCCUCGUCUUUUCAUGCCUUUUUGCACCUCCCUUCAUGUGUUCAUUACUUUUCCCUCUGACAUUUCACAUUAUUACACAAUUUCUGAACUUAUCUGGUCAACUUUCUUUGUAUGUAUGGAUUACUUGGGUUGUUCCCAACAUCUGGUGAAAAUUUCAGGUCAAGAGCACCUUUGGAAAUGUAUUGAGUGAGAAAAAUGUAGUUUGAUUAAACACAAAGAUUAUGAAUUCUGCUUUCAUGACCAGGACCAAGAUAGAUCAUUUCAAAAGUUCUUUUCGGUUACUCCCAUUUCCUGUUACCAACCUUGUUGGACAGAACAUGACACUUGUUAACAUCGAUGCACCAGUCACCGUCUUGUUUUAAGGCUAGGCUACAUUAAAAACAUUUUAAUGUUGUACAUUUUAACCAAUCUCAAAUCAGAAAAAAGUCACGGCAGUGAUAAAUGGAGCCUAAAGACAUAAACCCCCACAUCAGAAUUUGUAUGAAAUUUAUGAAAAAUCCAUAAAAAUCUUAUUUCUGAAAAAUAAAAAAAAACACUUCUAUCACACUAACUAUCAUGUAUUACAGCGAGGCUACCCAAUUUCAUCCCAAUUGGUGAACUUGGUAUCUUUGCUGGAGAGCCUUUAGAACAAAGUACUAAUUAGCCUUGGAAUUCACCAUAACUAGCCGCUUUAACCAAAAAUGGCUUACUUCCUAUUCAAUUCCGGACCUGGGUCUUUGAGACUCUUUCGUGCGUCUUGUCACAAUAGAUAUGUCCACCAAAUUUUGUGUCGAUUGGUGAAAAUUAAGAAUAACUGAUACACUGAUUAAUGAAGUAAUAAGAAAUAUCAUUAAGCCAUAAUAAUGUCAAAUUGCACUUUUUCUGUUGUUCCAGUUAAAUAGACCACAAAUGACUCAAGAUGUCAAAGAAAGCACUUUAAAUAUUAGAGUAUAGAAGAGUAUUCAUACUUUUUUAUAUUAUUAAGUCUUCUUUUUUAUUGUUGUUACGAUUGAGUAGACAAUUGUAACGUUAGCUUCAGAAAUUUGUGUUUAGGCAUCUGGAAUGUUCUUCACAAUGAUUGCGCUGCUUAAGUACGAAAAACCUUUGUGUGUAAUUUGUCAUUUUCCAAAAUGUCUACAUUUCAUAUCUGUAUUUUUUCUUUGUUCUGUAUAAACAUUUUACAACAACACCCAAUACAAAUGUUUUAAAAUGACUUUAUUUACCCCGUGUUCAUCUCAACCCCUUCAUCAUCACCAUAAUAAACAUCAAAUUAAAUAUUCACAGAAUGAUAAAUAAAAAGCAACACCACCA